AUGGGGGCCGCCGUCAGCGCCGCCGUAAAUAUGGGGCCUGUAAUCUGCAGGCCGCGUCCGCGUCGUCAUCUGUUGCUGCUCGGAGGUGCCGAGGUGUGCGAGGACAGACCUCCUCCUCAUCCUCCACAGGGGCGUAGAAUCGUCUUCAACGUCGUCUGCCCAAGAAAAGAAGAGAGUGAAGAAGAGGAUGGUGGUGAGGAUGACGCGGAUGUUGACGGAGAAAACAAGUCGGGGGAUGAAACAGUUCCAUUGCUGGAUCAAAGCCUGGAAAUAUCAGAGACAAAGAAGGUGGAGAGACUGACAGAAGACUUCAAUGAGCUUAAAGAAACGGAGGCAAUUAAAAUACCAAAAGGCAAAGGAACUCCCGUGGGUGAAAUACCAAGAACUGACGCAUUUAUCAAGAAAUUCAAGGCUGAUGCUGUAACGCAGCUUCACAGAGUUCUGUUCAACAGAGCUGGGAAGGUCACUCUUAGCCCACAAGCUCUGGAGCGCCUGUUCCUGACAGCAGACCAAAGCGCUUUACAGCCCAAAAGACCAACAACAAAAGAUAUUCAGAAUCGGAAAAUGAAACACAGAAAAGAACACCUCGUUCAAAAAGAAAAUGAAGCAACAGACAAAGAAAAUGAAAGGGACAAGGAAGAUGUGGAAGAUGAACCUGAUGAAGAAGCUAGCAGUGAUGAUUCAGAAUCCAAGUCAAAAUCAAAGGAAGAUCGCAGAAGCCAAUCUAAAAAAGACAUCCAAGAAGGCUAA